AUGCCUAUUAGCAGCACACGUGCCGGAAACCCGUUAUUGGUGCCUCACGAGGUCGGCAAGACCAAGAGAUCAGUGUAUAAUUUGCCAAACAGUGAUUUCACGUAUGGAAAGACGUAUGAGCGAGACCCUAAUGAUACUGCUGCUUGCAGUCUGCAAUGGCAUGGAAAAGCCGUAAAGCACCGCAACGCACUUGACGCACCUCUAGACUAUGUAGUCAUGAACAGAAACGCUGCCCGAAAAGGUCUUUUAACACCGGGCCAAGUUAAAGCAUACAGAGCUGAAAACCCAGUUCGUGUCAAGUUGACUGAGCCCCAAGAUGCUGCAGCGCUGCGACAUCCCAAGCUUCCCAGUGACAAGAACCCAAGCCAUACUUAUGGCCAGUUGGUCCGGCCAUCUACCCCAGUCGCACGUUUGAUGACAGACAAGUACCAGCGUGAAUGGAUUGCCACAAUGAAGGCCAAAGAAGAGGAAGAGAUGCGUGUUGAAAAGGAAAAACUACGCAAGAAGAACUCACACUCAAUCAUACCAAAGAAGACACCUCAAAAGCCCCAACAAAAAGUCGCCAAACUUGGAAUUCUGCCCAAUGAUCACCCAAUGACAUUGUACAAGAUGCCUAGAUUCAGAGAUGUGCCUGCAAAGAUAGUAUCGCAUAGAGAUGAGACGGUUGCUCCUGCAGCUGAAGUUUAG